UUUAGCCAGUGAGAAAACGACCCCAUCCCCAACCCUAGACACUCUCGUAUUCUCUUAUACCAUGAUCCAACCCAUCCUUUGCUCAUCCAAACGGUCUAAUUAUUAGUGUCUAUCACCCUUUUCCUCCUCAUCUUGUAAUAAUCUGUCUUUGGUCAAAUACCGUCACCUAGCUUAUAGUUAUUUAUAGCGACCAACUUUUUCAGAUCGCAGGUAGGAUCUCCAGCAGAUUUUAUUCCUUUUAUACACGAAUACGACACCACCCCAAAUUAGGCAGUCUUUUUUUUUAUGAAGAAAAGACGAUUACCCUGUCUUAAUUAAAUCCUCAUCCAUGGUGGAAUCCAGCGAGGCACAUUAAUCACCAAUUAGGUGAGUUCAGGUACCCUGAUUAGACCCCGAAACAAUGGAGCAGAGAAGCUAGAUCCAAACACAGCAUAUUAAUUAUUGCUCAUAAAAUAAGUUUUGCAGAUAGAUUAAGCAAACAAACACAUGCAUUUGUGCAGAGAGAUUAGUCAUCUGCAUCAAAACCACAUUUAUUGAUGGGGCUACCUACCAAUGCACGCGCCAGAUCGCACUUGGAAAAAAAAAAAUUAGCCCUAAAAAGCUCCGGUAGCCACAUUGGAUGCUGCCACCGGCUGUGGCAUAUAGGCAGAGAGAUUCCGAUGCUACGCAGGAACUGCUAAUUCCGUCGAGUUAAAAUAAAGGUGCCCAUCCACUUUGGAUUAGGGGAGAGAGUGGGUAAAAUCGUCAAUGCAUGGUUUGAAUGUCCAAAAAGACUUAUCAAUAUAAUCGAUGUUGGAAGAAGUUUAAUCGUGGAUCAUAUAUCACAACACUAACAUAUCCCCUCAAACGAAAGCCACUCACAGGGGCUUGAAGUUCACACAGGUCUGAAGAGAAGAAUACCAUGUGCUUAACAAAUGGGGGUCAUUGGGAAUCGAACACAAGACCUCUCAAUCACAGAAGACUCUGAUACCAUGUCAAGAACCAGUUGAUCCCAAUAACUCGAGUUGUUGGGAGAGGUUCAAUCGUGGAUUAUAUACCACAACACUAACAGGAAGGAUAUGAAGUUUGUGGUCGUUGUCCUGAGGGGAGGGUUGUCGUUGUACAGUCCAAGUACCACAUCGUAUAUACAAAGAAAAUGAUCCAUGUAUAUAAGUGUCCACCAAACUCCACUAUUAUGAGGCUUUUUGAAGAGGAUACCCAAAAGUAAAUUUUAGUAUAAGUACUAGUUCACAGGAAAGGUAGCACACUCAACUACUAAAAUGACAUUGGUCUCUUUUCUCAAAUCCUAAGGUCUAAGAAAUAAAGAAGUAAAAACUAAACACUUACCAUUGGUCUCCCAAGCACUUGGAUCAGUGGUUUCAUGCAUUGUGUCACCCAAAACAGGGUGCAGAUUCUUUGGAAUGGGCAACUCUCUCAACCUCUCACUCUGACUCGAGGUGUUCGCCAGGGAGAUCCCUUAUCCCCUUAUCUCUUUGUACUUUGCAUGGAACGUCUUUCUCAAUUGAUUGAUGAAGUUAUCUCUAAUGGUCAAUGGAAAGCUCUUAGGCUCUCCAAGAAUGGCCCGCCCCUCACUCAUUAAACAGUGUCUGGGUGACUUUUGCUCUAGCUUUGGCCAGCGGGUGAAUUACCACAAGUUCAUCCUCUAUGUCUCUCCCAACAUCAACCGAGGAAGAGCAAGCCAUAUGAGCCAACAAGCGGGCAUCCCUCUGAAAAUGGCUCUUGGCAAGUACUUGGGCAUUCCGGCGAUACAUGGCCGCGUGACUAGAGAGAGAUACCAACCUCUUCUCCUUCGCAUCCAGAAGAAGCUGGCUCCAUGGAAAGCUAACCGCUUAUCCUUCGUUGCACGACUUACAGUGGUUAAUUCGGUUUCUGCUUCUAUCCCGGUUUAUAACAUGAAUACUGAGAUUAUUCUCAGUGGUGUGUGUCACAGUAUUGACAAGCUAAACAAGGAUUUUGUCGCGGAGGAGGAGAAUAAGAACAAAAUGCAUCAUGUGGCUUUGGACAAAAUGGCGUUGCAAAAAAAGCAUGGAGGGGUGAGCAUCCGUCCUACCAGACAUGCCAAUCUGGCCAUGCUGGCGAAAGGCGGAUGACGGCUCAUCAAAGAGAAGGAGACUCUCUGGUCUCAAAUCAUGUAAGCCAAGUAUGGUCGUCAAAGAGAGAACCUGGACAUCCUCUGCAAUUCUCAGGGAAGUUCCUUCACCUGGAAAAGCUUCUCUAAAGCUGCUGAUGUGUUAAGAAAGGGGUGUGCCUGGA